CCUAACAACACACCUACCACAGGUAACUUACGACGCGUCUGGUGAGUUCUUCAUGUUUCACUGUGAAAAUAAGUACUUUAACCCUAAAGUGAGCUGACGGUAGAAUAACGACUUUAACACUUACACCAGCCGCCCGUAGUCCUGUUUAGCCGGCUAUUUAGCUGAGUAAGUUAACGUUAACUGCUAGCUCGGUUGCUAACAGCUGUCAUGAUCAACGUCAGCACAAACGACAGCCCGCUGUAGACAGACUGAACGUUACACAUUACUCAGCGGUCGUCCCCCAAAACGACCAAAGGCAACGAGCUGCUAGAAAACAUCCACUUUAUGAGGGAAUCACCUGAAGCUACAUCACCGCUGCUCCCACAAUGAGGAGACUGACCAAGAAGAAGGCUCUGACUCUGGUGAAGGAGUUGGACGCUUUCCCCAAAGUUCCCGAGAGCUACGUGGAGUCCACAGCCAGCGGUGGGACAGUGUCUCUGAUAGCGUUCACGCUCAUGGCUGUCCUCGCCUUCCUGGAGUUCUUUGUGUACACAAACACGUGGAUGAAGUAUGAGUACGAGGUGGACAAAGACUUCAGCAGUAAACUGAAGAUUAAUGUUGACAUCACAGUAGCCAUGAGAUGCCAAUAUAUAGGGGCAGAUGUCCUGGAUCUGGCAGAGAACAUGGUUGCUUCUGAUGGCUUAAAAUAUGAAGCAGUCAACUUUGAGCUGUCCCCAGAGCAAAGAUUAUGGCACAUGACGCUCCUGCACAUCCAGGAGCGUCUGAGAGUGGAGCACGCUCUCCAGGAUUUACUCUUCAAGGCUGCGAUGAAAGGAGCUCCUCCUGCUCAGACUCAAAGUGAGGACAGCCCCUCUAGCCUUAGAGCCUGCAGGAUACAUGGACACCUGUAUGUCAACAAGGUGGCAGGAAAUUUCCACGUUACAGUUGGCAAGUCCAUCCCGCAUCCCAGAGGCCACGCCCAUCUAGCUGCACUCGUGAGCCAUGACACUUACAACUUCUCUCACCGGAUUGACCACCUGUCCUUUGGAGAAGAGAUUCCUGGGAUUAUCAACCCGCUGGACGGCACGGAGAAAGUCUCUGCCGAAUCUAACCACAUGUUUCAGUACUUCAUCACCAUUGUGCCCACCAAGCUGAACACAUACAAGGUCUCUGCAGAAACACACCAGUACUCAGUCACUGAGCAGGACCGAGUGAUAAACCAUGCUGCAGGCAGCCAUGGAGUCUCGGGAAUCUUUAUGAAGUACGAUAUCAGCUCACUAAUGGUCAAAGUCACCGAGCAGCACAUGCCUCUCUGGCAGUUUCUUGUCAGACUCUGUGGCAUCAUUGGAGGCAUUUUCUCUACAACAGGCAUGCUGCAUGGUGUGGUAGGAUUCUUGAUUGAUGUAUUUUGCUGCCGUUUCCAAAUGGGAAUCUACAGACAUCUUAAGGAGGCUCCUCUAAAUGAGCAGCCAAACAGUGAAACCGUGGUUCCUACAGAAAAUGACGCUCAACAAUGAGAUCCCCUACAACCGACUGUCAGCUCACCACCUCUGCCUAACCCUCUAGACAGCAACGUGAUUCUGGGAACAUGUUUACAAGUUGUUUUAUUAUGGAGUACGUCUUUGUUUUGUUCAGAAAUAUGUAAAUAUUUGUAUCAUUUUUAAAAAUUUUAUUGGGUGGGUGCAAGUUUCAGAUGUUACUGUCCAUCCACCGGUGAAUGAUUAUAAUCAAUAUUUACACUAACUGUCACUCUCACUGGAAAUCUGCACAAGGACCAAACACUAAUUAUUUACACCAUGUUUGUGGAUCUGACUUCAUUAAAUAGAUGGUGCCGCCCACGUCCCACUCGCACAGGUGUUUUCACUUAGUUUGGCUGAUUAGACCUGUUCUCAGGGCUUUGUGGUCGACUCGUGGAAUGUUGAUUGACCGAUGAAACGUGAUUCUGAUUCCAUCAUGCAGGUCGUUGACCUCAGAAAAGUCCCACAAUAGCUCUGCUCAAUCUUGAGCUAAAAAACGGGCCUAAUCAGCUCAAUGAAAGAGAAGCCUGUGUGGGUGUGAGGGGCCGCUAAAGAGGAAUUGUGUGAAAUGAAGUGCUUCAAAGUUUUCAAGUGCGCUCGUUUGUAUAAAUAUGAGGCUCAUUUGUUAAAUAAAAUCCUCUUCAAACUUAAUGUAGACACAUUUUUGAUAUUUAACAUGUUUCUGUUAGAGUCUCACGUUGGACUGCAACUAAUGAUUAUUUUCAUUAUUAUAAAUAAAUGAAUAUGUAGAUUUGUUGUUUUUUCAUUAACCAACUUAAAGUUUGGUCUAUAAAAUACUUCAAAUGUUAAGAGUCCGCGGUGCUUUUUGUCUAAAAUCACUAAAAAUAUUUGAGAAUUAUAUGAAACAAAAGUAGCAAAACUUCACGUUUGAGGAACUGGAACCUGAGAACAUUUACCUUUUAUGAACCAACAAUGAACCGAUUAUCAAAAGGGUCUCCGAUUAGUCGAUUGAGAGUUUGCUCGAGU